AUGCCGAAGCGUGGUAGUGCCCAAGAAGAGUUUUGCCUGAUUCGUUGGGCGGAUACAACCGAUUUCGAUACCGUAAAUCAACGGCACCUUCGAGCUGAGCCAAAAUCGAUUGUGGUCUACGAAACAUAUACAGUUCAGAUCAACGGGGAGCAGCGUAAAGGAACAGUCAUCUUGAAAGGAACAAAACGAGACUGUGAAAGACUUCAGUACAAUUUGAUCCCACAAUCACCCACAGAUGCAUCAACAACGAGAUCCAAAGGAUCAGAAAAUCAAGAAUUUCAUACCGCUUCGUCGUCUGCUUCCGACAUCCUGAAUGACGUAAAAGAAGAAUCUGAUGACAAUGACGACAACAAUGAGAACGACGAAAAUGCAAUUCGCAAUGCCGUGCUUAUGCAAAUACUGAAACUGAUUUGUUCGAGCGAUGCUGGUGGUAAAGAUGAGAACGGAGAAAUACAUAAGGUACGGUGCGGAGCAUGCGGUACCUCUCCAAUUCGAAGCGAUCGUUACAAGUGUUUAAACUGUGAAGACUUGAAUAUGUGUGGUCAAUGCUUCGAGCGUCGAAGAGAGUCUACGGAACACAAGAGUGGUCAUGCUUUUGUUCACUUCAAAUCGCCUGACGAAUUGUUUGGUCGGGCGGUAACGGAUGAUGAAGUGACAUUUGCUAAACUCAAACAGUUAUAUGCUCGUGAGAUUCAUGAAUCGGUUACGUGCGAUGGAUGCGAUUGUGAUUCCUUAAAAGGUUUACGAUUUAAAUGUGAUACCUGUCCAGACUAUAAUUUGUGCCAGCAAUGUGUGGAUGAGGGUGCUACUACACAAACACACAAGUCUUCGCACCCGCUUGUCGUCAUACCCCGUCGGGCGAUUCAGCAGAUUCCAGUGGAAGAUAUUCGACUUGGCGAUGAACUCGGUAGCGGCGCGUUCGGUUCUGUAUACAAGGCUCGAUGGAUAUCAAAAAAUCGUCCUGUUGCAUGUAAGGUAAUCACUGUGCCUAAGACGAAUGAUGCUGAAAGGCUUGAAAAGAGCUUUCUUAAAGAAAUAGCCGCAUAUGCCGAACUCUCAGGUGCUUAUAUCCUCAAGAUCUACGGAUUCACAGCAUCCAGACAUGGUCAGAACAAAAGAUAUAUGCUUAUCAUGGAGUACAUGUCUCGUGGAAGUCUUGCCAAUGUUAUAGACCAAAAGGGAGAUAAACUAUCUCUCCGACGAAAGCUUGACAUGGCAAGAAAUAUUGCUAGUGGGAUGCGGAAGAUUCAUGAACAUCGUAUGAUCCAUCGAGAUAUUCGGCCAGAUAAUAUUCUUGUCAACGAAAACUACGUUGCUAAAAUUGGUGACAUGGGAAUUGCGCGAUUUGUCGACCCGCUCAACCAACAUACGCAAAUCGGCUGUCAAUCAUAUAUGCCACCCGAGUUCUAUCGUGGUUCCUAUGAUCAGAAACUCGAUGUCUUUACAUUCGGCUUGACACUAAAUGAACUUUUUACAUCGACAAAACAUUCGUUUCAGCCACUUGUCAAUGACAAAAUUGCUUUUCAAGAAAAAAGUCUUAUCUUUGACGAUCUGAUUGCUCGGUGCACGGCUCAUGAUCCAAAACGACGUCCGGCAGCCAUCGAAAUCGAAAAGACUCUUGAUUUAUAUAGCGCAGGUUUUGAUGAGAUCGUGCUCAAGAAACAUCCUAGCUACAUUAAAUUAUCUGCAGAAGAAAAGAACGAAAUAUUUAUCGCAUUCUAUCAAAAGUUCCAUCCUCCAGCGACUGAAUUUAUUCAGAAGGAGUUUCCGCCCGAAUUUCUUGAUGGACCGACGGAUGUGCCUGGCGUAAAGGUCGACAAGAAUGCAGGUGAUGGAUUACGUAUUGUGUGUCCCGUACAAUAA